UCAUAUUUCAAUAUUAAAAUUGAGUGAACAACAUUCACAUUCUAAUUCCAUAAACCUUUCAACCAUACUAUGAGUUCAAUGGAGGAAACUCUUCCACUUAAUGCCACCCAUGUCAACAACUCUUUCAUUUUCACCAAUAGGUUACACAUACUCCUCCAUUCCAUAGCUUUAUGUUUCUUACUUUAUUACAGAUUCUCUUUCCUUUUUCAUAACUCACAAACACCAUUAUUACUACCUUACCUUCUACUUUUCUCAUCUGAAAUCAUUCUCUCCUUUUUAUGGAUUCUAGACCAAUCAUUUCGUUGGCACCCAAUUACAAGAACUGUCUUUCCAGAAAGAUUACCAGAAAAUGAUCAACUUCCACACAUUGAUGUCUUUAUAUGCACUGCUGAUCCAACUAAGGAACCUACUUUGGAUGUUGUCAAUACUGUUUUAUCAGCUAUGGCAUUGGAUUAUCCACCUCAGAAACUUCAUGUCUAUCUUUCUGAUGAUGGUGGUUCAAAUAUUACAUUGAAUGCUAUGAAGGAGGGUUUGAAGUUUGCAAAGUGGUGGAUUCCUUUUUGUGUAAGAUACAGAGUUUUGUGUAGGUGUCCUGAGGCUUACUUUAAUGAUUCAGAGAAUGAUAGUGCUGAUUUUUGUGGGGAUGUUGACUUUUUUGCAUAUAAGAGAAUGAUCAAGGAAAAAUAUGAGGCUCUUAAAGAAGGUUUAAUGAGAGUGAAAGAAGAUCACGAUCACUCUGGAGAUACUAAUGGUGUAACAGGUCAAAAUCAUCCGUCUAUUGUAGAGGUGAUAGAAGAAAAUGGCAGUGGUGAAAUAGAGCAAGUGAAAUUGCCAUUACUUGUUUAUGUUUCCCGUGAGAAAAAGCCUUCUCAUCCUCAUCAUUUCAAAGCUGGAGCCCUCAAUGCCCUUUAUCGUGUCUCUGGAGUGAUUAGCAAUUCUCCAUAUAUACUAGUGCUGGAUUGUGACAUGUUCUGCAGUGAACCAGCUUCUGCAAGACAAGCACUGUGUUUCCACCUUGAUCCCAAGAUAUCACCUUCACUUGCUUUUGUUCAAUUCCCUCAGAAAUUUCACAAUAUAAGCAAAAAUGACAUAUAUGAUAGUCAGCACCGAGCAACUUAUAAAGUUUUAUGGCAAGGUAUGGAUGGACUUAAGGGCCCCUUAUUGUCUGGCACUGGAUUCUAUAUUAAAAGGGAAUCAUUAUAUGGGAAUUACAAGAAUAAAGACACUGAUUUUGAACUCCAAGAAUAUGUUGGCACAUCCAAUGAGUUCAUCAAAUCCUUAAAGCAAAAAGACAGUACAAAUUUAGUCACUGUUGGGAGUGAAUUGCCUGUACAAGAGACUUUGCUUUUGGCUUCUUGUAAUUAUGAAACUGGAACUAAAUGGGGUAAAGAGGUUGGCUUCUUAUAUGGUACUGUAUGUGAAGAUGUUCACACUGGAAUCAGGCUAAAUUGCAAUGGUUGGAAUUCAGUUUACUGUGAUCCACCUAAGCCACAGUUCCUUGGAAACAGUACCACUAAUUUGAAUGAUUUACUAAUUCAAGGCACUAGAUGGAGCUCUGGACUUCUUGAAAAUGGUUUCACCAAGUUUUGUCCUCUUAUUAAUUGCCCUUUAAGGAUGUAUCUUCCUCACAGACUUUCUCUUUCAUACAUUACAUGUUUCCCUCUAUAUUGUUUACCUCUUUGGUGUUUUGCUAUUGUCCCUCAGCUUUGUCUACUAUCUGGAAUUCCUCUAUACCCUAAGGUCUCAGAACCAUCAUUCUUCAUUUUUGCAUACAUCUAUGUAUCAGCUCUCACCAAACUUUUAGUUGAAGUCCUUUCAACUGGAGGAACAUUCAGAUCAUGGAUAAUAGAGCAAAGGAUGUGGAUGAUGAGAUCAAUAUCAGUUCAUUUAUAUGGAUUGUUAGAUUGUCUAAUGAAGGAAUUUGGAUUAAGAGAGGCUAGUUUCUUGCCAACCAACAAAGUGAAAGAUGAGGAACAAACUAUGCUUUAUGAAAUGGACAAAUAUGACUUUAGAACAUCAAACAUGUUUCUUGUACCAAUGGUUACACUUGUUACCAUCAACAUAUUUUGCUUCAUAGGGGGAAUCUAUAGAGUGUUGUCAUUGGGAGAAUUGGACAAGAUGUUCAUACAACUUUUCCUUGUGGCUUAUAUAAUUGUUGUCAACUAUCCAAUCAUUGAAGGGAUUGUUAUAAGGAAAGAUAAAGGACGCAUUUCUCAUUCAGUAGUUGCAAUAUCUAAUGUCUUGGCCACAAUUAUCACUUGUGCUGUGUAUGCUUUAGUAAGGAAGGUAUAAUGGUCACUUCUUUAUGACAAAAUAUAUGACCAAAUUCCUACAGCAAAGUUGAGGGAUGUUGGAUGAAAUUAAGUGAUUGUUAAGAACUAUUAUGUAAAAUGAAAUAAGCCUAUGAGGCAAUUUUGAUCCCACUUAUUUACUUGGUUGUGAAACAAUUAUUGUUCUCAUUGUGAAUGCGGUAAUAAUAAUAUUAUGCAAAGUGA